ACCACACAAACCGCACCAUACACCAUAACUCUCCGCUCCUCCGACAACCCUCACAACGACCUCAUCUGUCAGCCUCUCGCAACGAUGGGAGUCACAGUCGAAACCACCAAAGAGGGCGACAAGCAGACGUACCCGAAGCCUGGCGACUCCGUGACGAUGGACUACACCGGGACGCUUGAGGACGGAACGGUGUUCGACAGCUCCAUCCGGAAGGGCAGGCGAUUCAACUGCAAGAUCGGUGUCGGUCAAGUUAUCCAGGGGUGGGACGAGGGCGUACCCCAGAUGUCUCUCGGGGAGAAGGCUAUCCUCAAGUGCACGUCCGACUACGCGUACGGGCCAGAGGGAGCGGGGGGCGUGAUCCCCCCCAACGCCGAUCUCAUCUUCGAGGUGGAGUUGCACGCCAUCAACGGGCAGGGCAAGUGACCUCAGGUUUGUUCUUUGAACGUGCAGCGACGACGGCGGCGGCGGCAGCGGCGUGAGCGAAAGAGGGUAGUAGCAGCACAAGUAAGUGUGACCAGAGCGUGCACGCGCUUCGCCUUAUGACGGCCGCAGAGGUGAUGAGCCCUGCAGUCCUCCCGCUCCUCGACGAUUUCUUCGCCCUCGGUGUGGGGUUGCCACCACCACCCCCUGUUGUCCCUGCUGCGCAAGUUGAGAUUGCGGGUGCAUGAAGUGGGAGAGGGGGGGGGGGUGGGGUGCAUGAGGAACGAAGUUGUUCAAAGGGUCACGUGAUAAUCUACUGGUCGCUAAAUUAGGUGGCGGUUGUUCUCUUCUCCCCGCUCGAUGCAUGUAGGCAGAGCCUAAGUACACGCGGAGAGCCAACUACAGUAUAUAUUUUGCGCGCUGUAGAAACGAAUCUAUAUAGUGCAGCAUGUAGACGAAAGUGCUCUUUGCCUAUCUUAAUGUUUUAUCGACGGACCGCAUUUUCAUUCAUGGCACGCAGACGGUGAGGCGGAACAUGUAUGUCAGGAACACACGGGUGAAUUUUUUGCCACUUCACUCUUCUCGUACUAGUGUUGUUUUUCAACUGUGGGCGCGUAGGGAUAGUGCUUGUGAGCGCCGCAAGCGUUUGUGGGGGAUGGUGGUGGGGACAAGGGGGCGAGUCAAUUAUUCUGUGCAUGAAGCAUACAAGUACUUGGAUGCACUGGAUGGGUACCACGCCGCCACUCCUUCUCAGCAAAGGGCUCUCGCAGGCAGCUGCUAGACAGGGUAACAUGUGUUUUUCAAGUAAAACUUUUCACGGGGGUCCAUGGAGCGUGUACGGCAGCAGCGACGACAGGCCGACGUUUGGAUGUUGUGGGGCGGCUUGUCUGCUGCUGCUACAUGCCGUGUUGUGCCGAUGGCGUGUGUGUGUGUAGACACUCCUGCAUGGUUGACAACGAGUUGUAGAGAAUCGUCGAUAACGACGUUUGUUUUUCGGUUGGCGCGCAGAGAAGAAGCAGCAGGAGAUGCGUGCACAAGUGAUCGACUGUGAACGGCAGACAGACUUACGUCGAUCACCCUACAAGUAAAGUAAGCGAAAUAGUGUAUCUUCCCUCUGGUGUGUAAGCGCUUGUGCCCUAUUAUUUGUGCUAAGAGCACUCAAUUCCAUGACGCGCAAGGAA